GAUCCAUCUUAAACUGCAAGUUUCUUCUUCAAGAUCUAGUUAGAAUGAACCAACGAGCUAGAAUGAGUAUUUUACUGGCAAAUUGCAGAAAAUAAAAUAUGACUUGAUAAAGAAAAAGUUCUUGGCCUACUCUAUAAGAGGCCAAGGGGGAAGACAAACUUCACCAUCUUGAGCUUCAUACAGCUUGAAAGGAGAAAAUGAGUAACCUAAUAAACAAGUGGUUUUUCGCCAUUGUGAUACUACUCUUCCUAGCUGGUCUAACAGAGAUCGAAGGAGGAGAACUUAUAACCUGCAACAACAGGAAAAGCAAAUGCUUUCUGAAACGAAUUUACUGCCCACCAGAAUGCCCAACAGCAUAUCCAAGUCAACCAAACGCUAAAGUUUGCUAUCUCAACUGUAAUUCCCCCAUGUGCAAGGCUGAGUGCAGAAAUAGGAAGGCGAAUUGCAAUCACCCCGGAGCAGCAUGCUUGGAUCCUCGCUUCAUUGGUGGAGAUGGAAUUGUCUUUUACUUCCAUGGCAAGAGCAAUGAGCAUUUCAGCUUAGUUUCAGACCUUAAUCUCCAGAUUAAUGCUCGCUUCAUUGGCCUUCGACCUGCUGGUAGACCCCGAGACUACACAUGGAUUCAAGCUCUUGGAAUCCUCUUUGACACGCAUGCUUUCUCUGUUGAGGCUACCAAGGCAGAGACUUGGGACGACGAAGUUGAUCACCUGAAAUUCUAUUACGACGGAAAGGAGUUAGGCAUACCAGAAGGCUAUCCAUCUACAUGGGAAUCCUCUGAAAGCAGCAGCAUUAAGGUAGAAAGAACUUCAAGCAAGAACGGUGCUUUGAUCACACUUUCAGAAGUUGCAGAAAUUUCAGUUAAUGUAGUACCUAUUACAAAAGAAGAUGACAGGAUCCACAACUAUCAGUUACCUUCUGAUGACUGCUUCGCUCACCUGGACGUGCAGUUCAGAUUCUAUGGACUCUCGACGAAGGUUGAAGGUGUUCUUGGCCGAACUUACCAGCCAGACUUCAAGAAUCCAGCAAAACUAGGUGUUGCAAUGCCUGUAGUGGGAGGUGAAGACAAGUACAGAACUCCAACCCUUUUGUCUCCCAACUGUAGAUCCUGUAUCUUCUCUCCAGCUGGAGUUUUGGAAGAAUCAGACCCACUAGUCAUGGAUUUUGGGGCUUUAGACUGUACUGGGGGAUCAAGCAGCGGCCAUGGAAUAGUUUGCAGAAAAUGAGGACUCUAUUGGGAUUUUGUUUCUUUUGUUUCAAUUGAAAAAAUUGUCACCUGCAGAAAAUCAAAAGCUUUUUUGUUCCAACAAUCUAUGUCAAAGCAUGGAUUUCUAGUUUUAUUUGGGCUUUUUGUAUGUUUAUUAUAUAAUCAAGUUUUUUCCCUCAA